CUAGGAUGGACUGCGCCGGUGGCUCGCGCGCCCCGGCCGCCGCCGCUCAGUGCCAGUGUGAGCUGGUCGGCGCAGCGCUCGGCGCCUCCUCGUGCUCCGCUCCCAGACGCAGCUGACCGAGCGGCCCCGGACCGACCUGACCUGACCUGACCUGGACAGCAUGGAGCCGCGCACCGAGCCACCGUCGCCCGGACACCCCUGGGACAGACCAAUCGUGCCCACGUCCGAGAUGCUCGGUGACGACGCCGAGGUCGAGCUCAAGAGGAAGGUGCCGGACGCCCUCGUCUUCGCCGAUGACGAGUUCGUGCCGGCGCUGCUACGUAACCUCAACGCCAUGCGCAAAAACAACCAGUUCUGUGACGUCAUCCUGCAGGUGGGUAAGCAGGAGAUCGCCGGCCACCGCUGUGUGCUGGCCGGCAGCUCGCAGUACCUUCUGAAGUUGUUCGGUGACGAGCACCGCCAGCUUACCUGCGACGAGGCAGCCGUCAAGUCCAGCGCGCCGCGCCGCCAGGAGCCCGUCGUCUACAAGCUCAGCGACAAGCUGGAUGGAGAGGCUACUGAAGCACUCGUCCAGUUCGCCUACACUGGAAA